ACUUUCUCUUCAUAGAAAUGUGAAGUUUUGUAGAUGUUAGACCAAGCCCACCCGUGGGCUUAAUACUACACACGCAACAGCACGUCGUUAACGAUUUUUAAUUUCGUUAUCAACCCAUUUUCGCACCGGUCGUUCGUUUCCAUGUGAGUAAAAUAAUGAUCGGUCGCCUUUGCGCACCGGUGGUCUCUAUUCUCUCCGUACCAUCGGUUUUUUGCACUUCUGCAAAUCAUCGCAAUAUUUUGUGUAUUUCUAUGGGGUUAUUGCAAAUCUUAUUCAGUGCUCAUAUUUGUGCUCAUAUUAUGAAAGAUGGGGUUUUGGAUAAGACUGAAAACUGUGUUACGUUUAGAUCUGUUGUAGUUUAGUUGAAGCACUAGAAAUAAAAUCAUAAACGAAUAACAACUCGUAACAUACAAAAACAUAUUACCCGCCACGCACGCCAACAAAAUUCGCUCCGUGUGGGCGCAUUCGAACACCAACCGUCUUUUCAAAUCCUACGCUUCACACCGAUGGAAAAGACUAUACCAACGGCGACCGACAGCUGUCAUCUGUCUUCGCUGACCAGUACCAACAUAACGGAAAGGAGGAAUGAUCGAGAAAAAGCGGGCAGAAGAAAAAGUGGUCCGUUCGGUGCACAUCGCGUGUGGUUUUUGCGGCGGACAGAAAAUCUGUUUUGUGCAGAAGGAGAAAAUCUCCGUCGUUGAGUGAGUAACACCCAGUGCGGGUGGCAAAAAGGGCCGGAAUUGGCUCAGCCAACGGGAGUAGGUCGGAAAUAUCGCAGGAGGUAAGAGUGCUCCACAGCAAAUCCGGAUUUCGUCCAAUAACCUCAAUUUUCCAGUGUGAUCAGCACGUGCUGGAACCGCAGGAACCAGUGAUCACGGGCAAAACCACCACGGGUGCCAGCAUCACGAGUGACCAGACCGACACGGACAGAACAGGAAAAGAUCGCAGGAGCACGUGACGGGCAACGGAGGAACCGUUGAUCAAGGGGAGCCCACGCACUGCACCUUCCGUGUGAGCGCCACGUAAAUCCACUGCAAGUUGGUCAAAUCAUCUCUAGCACAGCGAGGCCAGCCAAUAUAAGAACCGAAGCCCUCGCCAAAGCCGUCAAGGCUCACAUCCAGAAAAGAGGCUUUCCAUUGGAAGGCCUCUUUUUAUUUAUCGUCCUUUCUUUAGUGGGUCGCCCACGGUCGGGAACCUCGACCGGCGACGGACAUUCGGAGGCAGGCACGAGAUCCGAACAAGUUGCGGGAGGCGAGAGAAGGAGCCGCACAGGAACCCGAACUCGGAACCGACUGGCGAGCGCCCUUCCGUCGAGGCCAAAUCCGGCGCAUCCGGCGGAGAUACGACGAUCAGGGCAGUGGUUCGAGCGCUGUACCACGACGCACGGGCGAGCCAGCGACAUUACGAUUCGAGACCAUUUCCGAGCAUCGAGACCCCAUUCGUGGCGCCUUUUUGCCCUGGCUGCGGUGAGCAUCCGGCCCGAAAGGCGGCAGAUCGUGGGAGGCAGCGUCACCAAUUGCCAGCGUCACCAAACGUUCGACUCCGCGACGACGGUGUAAAGCAGAUCCCACAACCGGAUUUAGGGGAGAGUCGUCUGUCGUGGGCAACGACGAAAACUGCGCGAGAGGAUGAAGCGGAGGAUUAGCAGUGGCAGCGUGGCGGCGGUAAGCUGGGUGCACCCAGCGUAAUCGUGAGUAAGAAGAAAAUUACUAGAUUUAAGAAAGAAAGUAGGGAGAGGAUAUUGCUUAGGGCCAGAGCAGAGAACCAAGUGCUUUGAAUAAAUGUAAGCAAUAAUGUACGUUUAGCGUUGGGCUUUAUUCAGUUUUGUGAGCGCAUUUCCCUUUGAGCUUUCCGGGGCUGAUCGAGGGCUUCUAUUCCCUCCCCCUCGACAGUCACUUGCAACACUGGCGCCCAACUGAAAAUCCACAUAAUAGGAACUACCGUUUAGCGAUUUAUAGUAUGGUUUGAUGAGAUUUGGUUUUGUGCAUUUGAUUAUCCGGCCUUGAUAAUCAUUAAAAUUUUAGCCUUUACGCAUAAAAUUCGAAAGUAAAAUGGACUUUACCCAUUUGACUGACGAAGAGGUGACCUACGAGUUGGCUUUACGCCACGUAGUCAACUUAGGUCCGACUACUCAUAGAGGAAAAGUUCUUCGCCUUAAGGCUCUUGUCCAAGAAGAGAGCUUGAAAGACAACAAGCCCACUAGCUCAGAACACGUCAUGAGUCCCCAAUCCAACUUAGAACUUUGCGAAGCGCAAGUUCAUCAGCUUCACAUCAGCUGCGAAGCAGCCAUUCGUACAGCUGACAGUGUGACCUUAAACCAAAUUCGGACACGUCUCCAUCAUUACCGCGACCGUCUACAGUUGAUUCGUCCGCCAAGUGAAUCGCGGGAUACGCAUGCAAUGCUAACGGUGCAUGUCGACGUGCUUCUAAACAAGCUGAACGGAACAAGUGUAGUGAAUAGUGUACCGCGAAGUGAGAGUGUUGUGGCUCAAGCAACUUCGACUGGAGCCAUAAGAAGGUACAACGGCGGAGAUGAAGGAGCAGUCGGAGGAGAAACCACGAUGCCAGUGGAAAGCAUUUCAAGACAAGACACCACACCACCAUCAGUAGUGCAGCCACCGCUCGUGACGUCAUUCUCGGGUGGGCAAGGCAGAGGAUUGUUGUUUUCGAGUUCGUUCCAAACGCGAGACAGCGAAGAAGCAGAACCAGCAGAUACGAGGCACCGAAACAGCUCACCUCCCCCUCCCUACCUGCCCAGAGAGCGGGAAACAUGGAACCCGUCAACCAGGGAGCAACAAUCGCGGGAUAACCGCGAGUUACAAGCAAGAAUCAGGGAGAUGCAGGAGAGAGAACAACACAUGCGUGAGGAGUACUACAGAAUGCGAGACGACCUGGAGCGGUUGAUCCGUCGAGAGCGACCAGCACCGGAACGAGCGGAUGAUCGCCGAAUACAAAAGGCCGUUCACAACUGGCCAUUCAAAUUCCGCGGCGAAAAGGACACGACAUCACUCAACGUGUUCCUAGAUCGCGUGGAAACGUUCGCAAGGUCAGAAGGCAUGAGUGACGCCACACUCCUGAGCUCCAUCAAACACCUACUACAGGAGGACGCCAUCGACUGGUACUCACGAGCAACUUCGCAAAACUUGUUGCGAACCUGGGACCAAUUCAAGCGAGAGAUUCGAAGGGAAUUCCUGCCCAGCGGCUACUCCCAAAUUCUUCGUCUGGAAGCUAGCUUCCGAUUCCAAGGAAGAGAGGAAUCCUUCGCGAAAUUCUAUCGCGACAUUUCAGCGCUUUUUCGCUUCGUCGAUCCACCCAUACCAGACGACGAGAAGUUCUUCCUGGUGAAGAAGAACAUGAACGAGAACUACGCAGCCAUCGUCACAGCAGCGAGGCCUCGUUCACUGGAAGAAAUGGUGGAAGUCUGCACCGGAUACGACGAGACGAGAAUGCUUCUGAACAGACAACGCAGGAUUCCGAUUCCGCACAGCGCGCUUCUGGAACCGAACUUUGCUACGCCAGUAGUAACCAGCAGACCACCACCGGUUCAGCAUCACCAACAGCCACAGCGGUUCAACAGGGUUCACGCCGUGGAAGUAGAAGGCGCUUAUGAGCACGAAGCGGUAGAGGAAGGACCAGAAGACGAUUGGCAGCACACAAUCGACGAACUGGUUGAGCAAGUGAACGCGCUGAAGAUGAACCUGGAGCGGAAAUCUGCGAGGCCAAUCUUUGCUGCACGCGACGAGAAACAGUCCAGGUCGACGGACAGGUACAACCGAACAGAAGCUGAUGUCCUGCGAGCAGCGCGACAGUACACAAGAGAAGCGCAAGCUCCAGCACAGCAGCAACGGCCACAAGCCGCAUCGUUCCAGACUCGGCCACCACAACAGCAGCAAGAACAGCCGCAAAGAGCACAGGGCUGGCAAGUACGACAGUGGAUGCCAAGUUCGGAUCAGAGCGACAACAACCGAAGAAGCCAACGUCUGUUGCCAGAACCAGUCAGGCAACGGGAAGAUCGCCAUAUACAACAGGAAGAGGCUCCGAACGAUCAACGACCAGCAAUGCUCUGCUGGAACUGCGACGAGGAAGGCCACAGAUUCAUGGACUGUCCGAAACCACAAGCCAUUCUCUUCUGCUACCGGUGUGGACGGAAGGGCUACUCGUUGCGCAGUUGCUUCACGUGUCGCACGGACGCGUUAAACUACCCAGCGGAGAACCAGCAAUAG